UCGUAAAUACGGGUAAGCAUGAAUGCAAAGGUUCGCAGUUUCCUUCGGUCGUCGUCUCGUUAUGUCCCAAACUUCUAAAACCAUGUUGUCUUCUCUACCCACCAUCUCACGACUCCCAUCGCAUCCUCCUCAUCCAUACUCCCGGCGUCCUAUUGAGCAUCACUUAACGCCGCCGACAUGGAAGUUCGUGCCUUCUACGAGCUCGCCCGUCUCGAAGACGCUAGCCGUUUCGACGGUCUCUUUGACGAAGCAGCAGACGGAAAAUGGGACUACCACAACCAACUCCACCCCUUUGCGUACCACGAACAACGCCUCAAGAUCCUCAACGAUGCCAUCGCCGGACAAGCUGUGUUCCACAACUCGUUGCAGUUCUGUUCCUACAAGCAACGCCGCAUUUCCAUGGGAGACAUAGCCAUCCCCGACACCUGCAUCACCACAGCCGAUCUGGACAUGAGUCUCCUCUGGUCUUUGUAUGGAGGCACGAUACGCGUGAUGAAUUGGUUCAAGAUCAGAUACUGCGAGAUGAGCCUCGACCAGCUCCAAGCUCGCCUGGAUGCGUACGAGCGCCAGCACAAGCGCUAUCUCGAGAAUGGAGAUCACGAGCUCAUCAUUGCCGGCUCAGCACGCUGCAUGCUUCUCCAGGAUGCCAUUAGGCGUGUCGAUGGUCAAGGAAAGCGAAAGAGAUUCGACAUGAUCAAUUGGCGGCGUCCUCCCUGGGGUCAAGGACUCGAUCCUCACUAUCUGUCUAAGAUGGGUAUGCCCUUGGAACAACAGCCAUGGCCAAAGCCUGCGCAUGCCAGAACAAAAUCACACUCCUCCAUUCUGGGGCCGUUACUUUCGGGGUCAAAAUGCCUCGAGACAGGAGCAAAUGCCCGCCCGACUUUUAAAGGUUCUCAUCGCUUCGUUGAAGCCGCGUCGACUUUCAAGAGCACUGUGCCGUCUCCCACGUGGUCUCCAAUCUGUAGGCCUCUGACCCCUACUGAGUUUAUGCGUGCUAGAGAUGAGAUCUCAAAGGCCAACAGGCUCUUAGGAUCGUCAUCCCUUUUGGACCCAGAGAUUCCAGAGGAAGGAGGACGGAGUAGCUCCAACUCGGAAGGCUUUAAUUACUUCGACGCCGGCGCGUUUACUCCCAUGGAAUUUGUGCCAACUGCCGAAGGGUCUCCAAUCUUUGCUCUCCAAGACAUCACCCCUGAAGCUCCACUGGUCCCUACAGACACCGUACCACCUCUUGAGAAGUCACUUGUCCAUAUUCACGAGGAUGUUGUUGCCAAGCCGAUCCGGGGUUCUGGCCGCGGUCAAGGGGAACCGAAUCCCGACCGACUCAGGUAUGACUCCAUGAGCCCCGAGCCAUCUUCUUCAAACGCUCUUCAAGACAUCACCCCCAAUGGACAAUGGUCGAGUGGAGCCUGGGACCCUAAGUCGAAGACCCGAUUUUAUGAUGCAGAGGCGUUUUCCCCAUACCCUCCGGCACAAUGGGCACCCGAGCUCACUCGCCGCAAAUUCAAGGGACUGUGUCUAGCCACCAAGUCAUCGGAAAGCUCCAAAACUGACUCCAAUAUGUCUCGUGGCCGAGAGAGCUCGCCUGCCGUUGACAUCAUUCUGUCACCAGAGGAUGCCAUAGACGACGGCGACUCCAAUAUGUCGAAAGACGAUAGGCAGAUGCUGUCUAUGCCGCAGUAUGCCUACGAGGAUAGUAAGAGCAUCGAUCCAUUGGUUGCGGACCGUAAACGCCACGUGCACCGAAAGUCAGAAUUCUUGCAACUAGCUCCGGUGAUGAGGGGAGGACAUAUGACGGGUUCAAAGAAGAGACUGGCCAGCAGUGCGUUUUUGGCCGGGAAGAGACCGAAGACUGAUGAAAAGGAGAAACAGGAGGAUCUCUAUGACCCAGAAUCCCCACCGGUUGCGAGUGGGUCUGCUGAAGAGACGAAUGAGGAGGUUCUUUGCCCAGGGUGGCCGAGCGAGUCCGAUUGAUUCUGUCCACUAGUCUUCUUGUGAGAGGCCUGUCCCUGUUGCUCUUUUCCUUCUGUUCUAUGGGAUGAUCCUGAUGUUAUGAGCGAGCGGGACUUGAUUGGACCACACUUGCGCAUGAGCCUGCAGUCCUCGACGCAUGCACUUUGCAAACGACAACCAUUCAUCCUUUUCGUAAUGAGUUGAAUAAAACAGUCUUUCU